AGCGCCUCUCGGGCUGCUUCGGGGAAACCUUGGACGAUGGCUUCCAGAGCGAAAGAGGCGCCUCCAGCAGGAUCGGGUCCUCUAAGCGCCCUGUACCGGGAGCUGAACCGGUUUCCCCGCGUGACUUAUGCCAGUGUAGGAGUCGGGUUUGCUGCCUACGGCGCCGCCGCCGAGUGCCGGCCCCUCUACACCGAGUGGUGCCAGCCUGACCUGGGGCGCUGUCAGAAGCUGCAUUUCAGCCGUCAGUAUAUCUUACACCACAAUAGCAGAGCAGUUGUCUCCGUUACUCCUGUUGGUGUUCCAGCUGAGAUCCGGGACCAACUGCUGAUCAGAAUGUCACCUACUGGGAUGCAUAAGGCUGUUUUCACCCAUCACUUGGAAAUGGGGCAGAAGCAGGAAGUGAUAGAGGUCUGGAACAAGAGUGGAAGGGUGAGAAGCAUUAAUCUCACAGCACUGGAUAAACAUGGCAGAGUAUAUACAGAUGAGCAGUUUGGGUGUGUUGCCUGGUCCAGCUCAGAAACACAGAUCCUUUAUGUUGCUGAGAGAAGACGCCCCAAAAGGCAACCACUUUUCCCUCAAAGCAGGUCCCCCCAAGGAGAGGAGCCAGGUGAAGCAAGAAAGGAGGAGCACUUUUUAUACUAUGACAAUUGGGGAGAGGCACUGAGUGAUAAAAGCUUCCCUGUCUUGUGCGUGGUGAAUGUUGAAACCAGUGAAGUUUCAGUGCUAGAGGGCAUCCCAGGGCAUAUCUCCCCUGGACAGGCCCUGUGGUCCCCAGAUGACAAAGGUAUACUGUUCGUUGGCUGGUGGCACGAGCCCUUCAGACUGGGUUUGAAUGCUUGCUCCAACAGAAGGUCAGCCCUUUUUCUCUUCGAUCUCUCUGAAAGUAGCUGUGAGUUGCUGUCCUCAGAUUCGGAGGCUGUUUCCUCUCCCAGGCUCAGCCCUGACGGAACUCGCCUGCUUUACCUUGAGUGCCCUGUAUUUGGGCCUCAUCGCCAGUGUCUGAAGCUACAGAUGCUCAAUUGGCAAACUAAGCUCACAUCUACAGUGGUGGACGUAGUCAGGACUGCCACAUCUGGGUUUUUUGGGAUUUACUCAGGGGCGCUGCCUCUGCUUUGUUGGGCUGCUGACAACCAUAGAGUCCUGCUUAGCACUCCUCAAAGGAGUAGAAAGGAGCUGCUGGUUGUGGAUACCGAGCUGGGGAGUGUGAAGGCUAUUACAGAAGACACUCCAGAAGGUAGCUGGACCCUGCUGGGAAUUCAGCAGGAUCUCCUGGUGGUGAGCUGCUCAUCUCCCAAUUGCCCUCCAAGCCUGAAGGUGGGAGUGCUUCCCCCUGCAGGAUGUGAGCUGGAACUGCAGUGGACGAGUGUGGAGGAAGCCUCUGUACUGCCAGAUAUAGAAUGGAAGAUUCUCACAGUACAUCCUCCUGUGACUGAGGACAACCAGUACACUGGCCAGGCAUUUGAAGCCCUGUUGCUGACUCCUCGGGGGAACAAACGAGGAGAAAAGACACUUCCCCUGAUUGUUUCUCCACAUGGUGGCCCACAUGCUGUCUUUGAUGCUUGUUGGCGUCCUAAAAUGGCAAGUCUCUGCCAGUUGGGUUUUGCUGUGCUCAUGGUGAAUUACAGGGGUUCCCUUGGCUUUGGGCAAGCCAGCAUCGAGUCUCUAAUCUCCCAUGUGGGAGUGCAAGAUGUGGAGGACACUCAGCUGGCAGUGAAAUUGGCACUACGGACAGAACCUCUGGACCCAGAUAGAAUUGCUUUGCUGGGAGGGUCUCAUGGUGGCUUUGUCUGCUGCCAUUUGAUUGCCCGAUACCCAGAGAUGUACAAAGCCUGUGUAGUCAGAAGCCCUGUCAUCAACAUGGCCACUCUACUGGGGACCUCUGACAUCUCUGACUGGAGGUAUGCAGUGCUAGGUCUGCCAUACUGCUUUGAGAGGAUUCCUUCUGAGGAAGACCUGACUGCCAUGCUGCUCUGCUCCCCUAUAAUUCAUGCUGCAAAGGUGCGCACACCAUUAUUGAUGUAUGUGGGUGCCAGGGACCGGCGAGUGUCUCCGUACCAAGCUCUGGAAUAUUACCGUGUGCUGCGAGCCAGAGGUACCCCUGUGCGGCUGUUGUGGUACCCAGAAGAGAAUCAUGCUGUAAGUGGAAUGGAGGCUGAAGCAGAUGUCUUUAUGAACAGUGCACAGUGGAUUUUGCAUUACCUUUCUAAGGAAGCGGACCCUGAAAGUCAGCAGCCAGCUGAGAAAUAAAGGAUCUCAAAUAUUAAGAAGCAGCCAGCCUGUGGAGAUACACACCAUGCCACAUGAAGAUUGCCAGAUAGAAUAGAUCUAGGCUUUGUAUCCCUGACAGGAGUCCCGUUCCUCUUUCAGUGUAUUCUUGGUCUUAAAAGAUGUGCUGCUGGUGCCUUGGAAGCUGCCUUGUACAGAGUCAAACCAUUGACCCCUGCAGCCCAGUACUGUCUAUGUUGACAGAGAGCAGCUCCCCAGGGUGUCAGAUUGCAGGCAUUUUCAGCCCUAUCUGAAGAUGCUGAGGAUUCAAGCUGGGACCUUCUGCAUGGGCAGAUGUUCUACCACUGUGCUAUGAUGUAGGUCCUUUUCAGAAAAUCCCCAGCAAACAGUCAACUGUCUAAUUGAACUUAACUCUUGUAGCAAACCUGAUGCCUUAAAAUUUUGUAUUGCUGCUUAUAACUACAAGGCAGUAUGGAUAGUGCUUACUUAUUUAUUUACAGGACACCAGAUCUUGGAAUAAUAGGUGCUAAAAUAAAAAAAAACCUCAACCUUCUUGUUUUUAUUGUUGUAUGUACUAAGCUAUACAUAGCCAAAGUGGUCCCUGAGGGAAUUAAAUGUCAUAUAAGAUUAUAGCUUCAAGAUUGUGGUAUGCAAAAUAUGUGGGAAUCACUGAUAUACCAGCAACAACUAUGUCACAGUGAGAACCCUAAAUGUAGGAAUAUACAGCAAUGGCAAAGCUUAUGAGUUUUAUAAUGAUGAAAGAAGGAAGGGCA